GCAUACAGUCUAACCUGCACAUCCGACCACUUGCAUUUAGCGACCCACCUCGCUAAACGACCGUUAUUAAUUCCUCCCAAGCUAAAAUCAAUUAAAAAUGGCUUUACUAAACGACCACCUUAAAUCCGCGACCAACGACCAUUGUUUUUCUUACAAAUUAAGACUCGUUACGACAGUAAGCGACCAUUUUGCAGUCUCGCAGUGAAGUUGCUAAGCGAUGGUGACACUCAACUAACAAUGCAGGUGAUAAUCCGCUAAUUGGCAUCCACGCUUGCACGCUGUUAUCGGGAGCAAACUGUGAAAACUCGGCUGACAUUAAUUAUUUGUGUACUUAAAGUUUGCAAAUAAUUGUUUUAAUUACAAUGACUAUAUUUACUCAAAGGUAAGUUUGUAACGGACAGCAGUAUAAAAAGGGAGGUAAAUAAUUUUUCAAGCACUUGCAAAAGUACACAAACAGCGCAACAUGUCUUCUACUAAACGAAAGUGUCUUACAUUGGAAGAGCGGAUGAAAGCACUAAAAAUGCUUGAAUCCGGGAGGAGCUGUAGGGCUGUAGCGACCGAGAUGGGUGUUGGUAAGACACAAAUACAGUCGGUGAUGAAAAGAAAACGAGAAAUUAUUGAAGAGUAUGAAGGGGACGGUAAUCUACAAACCAAGCGUCCGCGGAAAGCCACAGAAUAUGACGAUCUAAAUGACCUUGUUCACAAGUGGUUCUUAGAUGCUACUGGGCGUCACGUGAACAUAUCGGGACCACUCCUGAAAGAACGGGCGCUCAAGUUCGCAGCAGAAUUGGGGUUAGCGUCGUUCAAGGCAUCAAAUGGGUGGCUCGACUCAUUCCUAAGACGCCAUAACAUUGUAUUCAAAACACGGACGGGUGAGAGAGCGGAGGUGGAUCCAGUCGUAGUGGAUGACUGGAAAAAGCGUCUACCAACAAUCUGCGAAGGUUAUCAACCGUGUGACAUCUAUAACAUGGAUGAAACAGGAUUAUUCUACAAACAAAGCACAAGUGCGACGUUCUUCAAGAAAGGCGAGACAUGUGCCGGCGGGAAGAUGGCGAAGGAGCGCAUCACUGUGGGUUUAUGUGCCUCGGUAACGGGAGAUAAGCUGCCCCCAAUCAUCAUCGGGAAAUCAAAAAAAACGAGAUGUUUUGGGUCAGUUACUCCCGACAAAUUGCCGAUACGGUAUUACAACAACAAAAAGGCGUGGAUGACGACCGGGAUAAUGGAAGACUGGCUGAAGUGGUUUGAUCGGCGGAUGCGACAUGCCAGAAGACACGUCAUAUUAUUCAUAGACAACGCACCAUCACACCCUCGCAUCACACUAACCAACAUCAAGCUACAGUUCCUUCCUCCAAACACAACAUCAGUGAUACAACCCAUGGACCAAGGGAUCAUACAGACAAUGAAGCUAAAGUACAGAAAACGUCAACUACAACACGUGAUGAUGGAGCUGGAGAGAUCGUCGGCGACCACCGGACCUCAAAUUCUGAAAGAGGUUAACAUCCUACAAGCUAUCUACUGGGUCAUAAGCGCAUGGAAGGAGACAACGACGGAGACGAUCGGCAAGUGUUUCGCAAAAUGCGGAUUCAUGAGUGACAAUGAAAAAAGUGCUAGUGCUAGUGACAGUGAAAAAUGUGCAGAUGACCGUGAAAAAAGUGUUAGUGAAAACAUUACAAGUGACAAAAGUGACAAAAGUGAAUGUGAUGAUGUUGAGGACGACUUGCCUCUCAUCAUGCACAAAUUAGCACAUGAUUUAUUUGGGUGUGAAGUGAAGGACCUCAUCAACAUUGACAGGGACUUCACAACAUGCGCAACGGACAUGGACGAAUGGAAGAAGUCAGCACCGGAAAUUCUACAAGAAGAUGGAUGUGACGAGGAAGAUGACACCAACCCAACAGAAGAGGAAGCGACGACAUCAGAAACAACACUCUCCAUGAGUGAGGUAGUGGAAAUGAGCAGAAAACUGAAGGACUGGGCAGUGAAGAAAGGGCACCAUGAUCUACUAGCGACAUUGAUGGAAGCCAGCAACCAGAUAGGGGAUAUAGCCAUGAAUGGAGAGAAGGUGAAACAGACUAAGAUUGAGGAUUUCUUUUUCAGGCCAUCUUAA